UCUCAACCCGCACCCAGGGCUGACAGUGGAUCCCCCAGAAAGCAGGCGGAAUGGAAAAGGGAUGCCAGAAACAUGCCACGUGUCUGGCUGUCAGGCAGGUUUCAAGAGAUGCCAGGAAGGUCACCUCCGGUCCAGCUCUGGCCGCCGCUCCUCCCCUGACUCGGUGCCUGGCUUUCUUUCCUUUGGAUCAACGCUUGCCUUCCCUUGGAAUAUCAGUUUCUCCCACUCCUUUGUCCUGAUUGGCUGGUAAAGACGUCUCUGAGUUCUCUAUACCAGUCUCUUCCCAUCCAGCCCAGAGCCAGGAGCAGAAGCCAGGCCCGGGAGGUGGGCUGGGUUUGGCCCCUCCUCAGGGCUCACCCCAGGGUGCCCCAGGCAACCUGACCCCAGGCCCCCGGCCCAGCCUGCCUGCAUUUCCCUCCCCAGAUAGCCCCGGUCUGGGGUCACGAGGCUCAGUGACCUCUGCGUGACCGUGUGCCCCCGGCUGUGUGGCCUGGGGCCCCUUUCCGAAGGACCACCAGGCAGAUGGGCCCCCGUGCACCCCUCCAGGUACCCCCUCUGGAAUAAGCCGCCCCUUGACAGAGACCCAGAUCAGCUUUCCCUUCCUACAGGCAGGGUGGGAGAUACUGCCCCCACCUCCGAACAGGAUGCAGACCCAGCUUCCCGGAGCCUUUGUCCCCUGGGUCCUGCCCCUGUGUCCCCAAAGGCAAGGGGAGAGGAGAUAAAGCCAGAGGGGGCGGCAGCCAGGGCAGGGAGAACCUGCGGGGGUGGGGAGAGAAAAUAGAGGACCUGGUAAACAGUCCUCCUCCCGCUGGAGUUCAUGGCAGCGUCUCCCCCUGAAAAGGGAGCGUUUCAAGGGUGAGCGCCUCCGGUGUGUGUGCGCCUGUGUGUCCGCCUUCCGUGCGCCCGCCUUCCCGUGUGCGCGCCUGUCGCUGUCAUCACGGACAUUCCCCCGCUGUCACUCCGCUGCUCUCCGCUCCGCACACGCGCUCCCCUCCCCGCCUGCCCCUCUCCGCGGCUCCCGAGACCCGGCCGCCCGCCCGCCGUGGGAGACGGCCUCAGGCGUUCCUUCCUCCCGCCGGGGCUCUGCGUGCCAGGUCCUGCUGGGGGAUCAGGCUGGUGCUGCUGCGCUCGCUGUCUCCUUUCUCCAGGAACCCCAGGAGGGGCUCACUGGACGGCUCAGACCACUUGAUUCAGGGCGCUCGCUGGGGUGCGGAAGCGGCUGCAGCACGAGCCCCUGAGCUGAUGAGGUUUAUCCCAGACCUGCCGGUGGCAGAAGACAGAGCACGGCCGCUCACCCCCCAGGAGACCGCGGAGGGCAAGCAGGGGGCUUCCCCGUGGCAAGAGCCGGGCCUGGGCCUCACCCGCGAGCCAACGGCCACCCCUACGCGGGGCCUGGUCUCUGCCUCCUCGGGGGCCAUGGACUGACCGAGCGGACAAGGGGCUCCUCUCUCCCUCGAGGUGCCGGGCCUGACAGCCGUGCAGCCACCAUGCUGGCCCCGGGCAGCGGCCCCGAGCUGAGCACCUCGUUUGCCCCGCUGUGGAGGCAGAUCUCUUGGCUCACCUGUUGGAUCGCCCUGUGCACGGCGGAGGCCGCCCCCGCCUGCCCCCUGCCCUGCACGUGCGACGGCCACGGCCUGCAGGUGGACUGCAGCAGCCGGGGCCUCGCCGCGCUGCCCGCGGACCUGCCAGCCGCCACCCGCAGCCUGCUGCUCCUGAACAACAGGCUGAGCUCCCUGCCCGCCGGGGCCUUCGCCGGCCUGUCGGGCCUGCAGCGGCUGGACCUCUCCAACAACUUCCUGGACGGCCUGCCGCGCGCCGCCUUCGGGGGGCUGGCCAACCUGACGGAGCUGCAGCUGCGCAACAACAGCCUCCGCGCCCUGGACCCCGAGCUGCUGCGGCCCCUGGCGCGCCUGCGCCACCUCGACCUGUCCCUCAACGGCCUGGCCCGGCUCCCGCCCGGCCUCUUUGACGGGCUCCCCGCCCUGCGCUCCCUGUUCCUGCGCGCCAACCGCCUGCAGAGCCUGGACCGGCGGACCUUCGAGCCCCUGGCCAGCCUGCAGCUGCUGCAGGUGGGGGACAACCCCUGGGAGUGCGACUGCCACCUGCGGGACUUCAAGCACUGGCUAGAGUGGUUCUCCUACCGAGGGGGGCGCCUGGAUCAGCUGGCCUGCACCCUGCCCAAGGAGCUGAGGGGGAAGGACAUGCGCGUGGUCCCCAUGGAGAUGUUCAACUACUGCUCCCAGCUGGAGGACCAGAACAGCUCAGCCGGGCUGGAGGUACCCGGGCCACCCUGCACCAAGGCCAGCCCGGAGCCUCCCAAGCCCAAGCCGGGCCCCGAGCCCGAGCCCGAGCCCAGCACCGCCUGCCCCCAGAAGCAGAGGCCACGGCCCGUGAGCGUGCGGCGGGCCAUCGGCACCGUGAUCAUCGCGGGGGUGCUGUGCGGUGUGGUCUGCAUCAUGAUGGUAGUGGCCGCUGCCUACGGCUGCAUCUACGCCUCCCUCAUGGCCAAGUACCAUCGGGAGCUCAAGAAGCGCCAGCCCCUGAUGGGUGACGCGGAGGGUGAGCACGAGGACCGGAAGCAGGUCUCCUCUGUGGCCUGAGAGCCCAGGGCGGGGUUGGGGGGGCACGCCAGCCCCCCUCUCCUGCCCCCUUUCCACCUUCCCCCCAGCCCGCCAGCAAAUGGGCCCGUGUCUCCACGGACACCGGAGCGUCCGGAAGGUAUCAGUACACUGACGCUCCCCUCUGGACCACAAACGCUCUGGCCCACGGGCAGAAAAGAUGUGUGUGUGCGAGCAAAGGCUCCUGGACCCAGCGCCCCCGUACCGCUGCGGCUCCCGGUACAGUCACAGCCGGUGACACCCCCCUCCUCUGGCUCAACCCACCUUAUCUGCGUCUAGGGGGUGCGGGGCCGGUUUCUGCGACUCUCUUCUAAGCCAGGAAGAUGUUGGGCCCAGCUUCCGAUGGCUGGUACCACCGUGCAUUCAGCCCAGCCAUCUGGACCAGCACUUGGCAACCCAGCACCACGCCCUCGCCAAAGCCAUCUGUCCCUGCAUCACCAACCACCCAGCUCCGGGUCACUAAUCGUUCUCACUCGAGCUCGGCAUCACACACACAGUCACGUAGGGACAGAGAUCGUGGGACCUCGGGGAACAGAGCCAGGCGUCCCCCGUGGUCUCAGCGCUCGGGCCACACAACCUGCUGCUUGCUUAUGCAACCUCCUGCAGCGGAUGGGGAGAAACCCAAACCCACGGCACAAGGAUUCCUUCCAGAUCCUCUCAAGAGGCCAAGGUGGUGCUGCCGGAUGAGACUGCCCGUCACCAUGGUAACCCACUCACACCUCUCCUGCUGGGAUUUCCAGGGACGCCUGCCCAGAGGCCUGGAAGAUGCAGCGUGUGUGGAUGGUGGCCUCCCGAGAGCCCGGCCACGCACCACCGGAUUCAUCCUCAGUGCUGCCAAAGGACGUCCCUGCCAGGCCCGCGGGGACGCGCACCGCUCCCACUCCCACGGCCUGCGGCCCGAGAACCGUUGCUCUGCACCUCCCACUGCCAUGCCCCACCCUCAGCAUCUCUGGGCCCGUGACCCCAGGGCGGGGACUGGCUCAUCCUCUGUGACCCUCCUGCCAGCAUAUACCAAACAGACCCCGGGAGCAGCGAAAGGACCCCCCCGCCCCGUUCUGCUCAGAGGUCUCAGUAACGGGGUCCUUUUCCCAGCGUUCUGUCAGCUCAGUCUGACUUCCCAGAGUCCUCGUGGCACCUGGACUGGGGCCCAAACCAGAGCAAGGGCCCAGGGGCCCAUCUGCUCGUUACCUGUAACCCGCCCCCCCAAAGGGACAGAGGCUGAGGGUGGGCGUGGGAGGGGGCAGUGCAGGGUGGGGUUCACCGGUCCCCUUUCCGAGGUCUGCCCUCCUGGGGAGUGCGAUCCCGGUGAGUCCUGGGCCUCGCUCUGCAGGACAUCAGCCUCCCCGCCGCUUACGGAGGGUCAGGUGCCAGCAGGCCGGUUUCUGGCUCUGCGACGGCUGCGAGUCUAGGGAGUGGCCCGGGGGAGGCCGUCAGAACACGGUUCUGAGGCAGGACAGGGAUAGAGGGGGCCGGGUGCAGGCUGCCCACCGGGCUGGCCUGCAGUCUUCCUUCUUUUGGGGUGCCAGCUGACACCAGACCUGGGGCUUUUCUAAAGGGAGUCAGGGAAGGCUGGACGUUGUCAGUGGUGAUGUCUUCAGCCUAAGACAGAAGAUUUUUAAAGGCAAAAUUAUAUUUCUGGUUUGUUGUUUCAGAUGACAAAUAAAGACUGUAUUUUCCUA